CACCACGCAAAUGCAAUUCAUUAUGUGGCGGAAGCUUAUUAUAUACCUUAGGUGGACUGUCUUGAUAAACAGACAUAAAGAGUCACUAGCUACCAAUAAAUAAAUUGCCGUUUGGAUACAAAAUUUUGUUCGCUGAUAUCAAGUUCUCAUCCAAUUCUUAAAGAGAGAUGUCCGUGCAGCAAGCCGUUAAAUGUGUGAUAGUUGGAGAUGGAGGCGUCGGAAAAACAUGCGUUCUACAAAGUUUUACCAACAAUGCUUUCCCUGAAGAAGAAUAUAUCCCAACAGUUUUCGACAAUUUUUCAGCAAAUGUUAUGGUCAAUGACAUUCUUGUAAAUAUGGGACUAUGGGACACGGCGGGUCAAGAAGAUUAUGACAGACUUCGUCCUCUGUCAUAUCCAAAAACAGACGUUUUCUUACUUUGUUUUUCUGUAACAUCUCCAACGUCAAUGGACAAUAUUGUCGAAAAAUGGUUUCCCGAAGUAACUCAUCACGUACCGAGAGCAAAAACGAUAUUAGUCGGUACAAAAAUAGAUUUACGAAAUUCGGAAGCGGUGGCGGAAGAGUUGAAAAAACAAGGAAAACGUCCUGUCACGUAUGAAGAAGGAUCUGCAUUAGCGGAGAAGUUGGGAGUACUUUUUUACAGAGAAUGUUCAGCUAAGACGCAAGAGAAUAUCAGGGAAUUGUUUGUAGAGACUGCUUCGGCAAUUUUGUAUCCAGCAAAUUCAGAAAAACCCAAGAAAAUUUGCUCACUAUUGUAAUUUGAUGCAACGCGUAUUUUUAUGCAGUAUUAUUCAUUAUAUUUUACCUUUUAUUAUUUAUUCACUGUUUGUUUCCGUCAAAAAAAGUUAAAU